AUGAAUAUUUGCUACUGCGUAUACAGAAUUACCGAGCUUCAGUCCAUAUUGCCUCGAAUUGGAUUUACUCAUUGUGGCGGAACUCCUCGAUCACGCUUCAUUCCAUGUGUAAAAAGCUCCGCAGAUGCAUGGAACUAUCUGAAACAACUUCUGCGAAAGCUGAAAAUCUGUGAAAACUUCUAUUCGAGCACCGGUGAGCCGUGUACAACGUGUACUCCUGCCAAUGAUCUGAACGUAGAGCAGAUUGUUGCUUUUUCACCGCCGAUGAAACAGUGGUCAAUCGAGAAAGUGGCUAGCGAGCUAAGCAAGCUGCUCGAUGAAACGGUUGUGUCGAAAUUCGUUGAACAGCAAAUUGACGGACGCUCACUUGGAUUGCUAACAACGGAACUACUUAUGAACUAUAUGGGUUUAGCACUCGGACCAGCUCUUAAAGUGAUUGACUUUGUGGAGUCAGUGCGACAAGCACAAGAACGUCAGCGGUCAAGUGUUGUAGAAGUGCAAGCUCCAUGA